ACCAGAUAGAUAUCAUUCUUGCAGUCACUUUGGUCGCCAAACUUUGACUUGACCGUUCUGCAGACCAAAUUGUCGUCUAAAGAUUAAUCUACGAGUUGGUUUUUCCGGAGUGAAAUGACCAUGGCGGUCCCUCUUUUGGGUGUUCUCUUGAUGAGUUUUGCCGUUUCAGCGUAUGCCACUUCACCUGAAGCUCCAUGUCCGGUAACGGGAGAAUGGUAUGUGGACUGGGACGCCUCCUACGAGUGUCUCUCACAGCUUUCUCAGCCAUUCCCUGGUGCUAUUCCCGGUCAGAUCCUGCCUCUGUUGACCGUAACCGAUGUCAUACAAGCAGCAGGAGCGUCCUGGACCGCCGACAACCUCAUUGAAUCAGAAGGGGAAAUAUGUGUUAGGAUCAUUCCCCAGCUCUCAGCAGCUGCGUUUGGAGCUGAUAUCUUCAGAGAGUACUGCGAUCCUGUCCUGACGUCUUUGAGAGAGGGGACGCAGCUUGAUGCAGAAGGGCACUGCAGGAUGAUAUUCAACAUAACAGGGUACAUGUCCUCAUUCAUGGGGGCUGCCAUUACUCCUACGCCAACUACUGAUACCGAAUACCCUAUGGGAAUCGCCGCAUUACGACCUUUCGACUUUGAGGGCAUCAUAAGGGACAUUGUUGCCGAGCAAUUCGGGAUCACCAGUGACGACGUGGACUCAAUCUGUAGUGCUCGACAGGUUAUAGUGGAUUCUGGGUUGCCUUUGCGUGAACUUGUCUCAAAUUUCCUUGUGGCAUUUGUUGAAGCUCUCAUACCCAGAGCUGCAGAGAUCUGUAAUAGCUGGGAUGCCAUCACUUCGGCUAUUGAGGCUGCGUCGGGUCCGAACGAUUUACCACCCGAGAUAUUCAACGACGUGUCCGUCCUAAUAGCACAUUUAAUAGGCUUCGAAAACAGAGAGGCUUUGUGCCAACGUUUAAACAUAUCCACUUCCAGCCCACUGCUUCAUUAUGCAGCUUCAGCUAUUGUAGGUAAUAUGCUCUCCGUGUUGACCGAUUCUCAACAUUGUUCUGCCAUCGCUCAGGAGGCUAUAGAUCUUUCUUUGGCGUACACCCCUACCCUAGAUAGAGACACGCUUAACCUUCAAAUCUAUCAGAUGACAGGGAUUAAUGGCACCGACCAGCUGUGUCAGGUUGUCGAAGACGCAUUCCAGGCAGAAGGAAGUGAAGGGGACGUACGCCUGGCUGAUGGGCCUACAGAACUAGAAGGACGUGUUGAGAUCUUUGUGAAUGGCUCUUGGUCUCCAGUGUGUGACAUUUUUUUCAACGAAGAAGAGGCCGAAGUUGUUUGCCGACAGCUAGGAUUUGACGCAGCAGUUGCAUCGAGAUGUUGUUCGCAGUAUGGAUUCACCGACGUACCGGGCGUCCUUGGCCGAUUUAGCUGCACCGGGACGGAGGACAACCUUCUUGCAUGUCCCCAAAAUGAACCAGUCGACACCUACGAUCACUGUUAUUCAUGGGCACACGCUGGAGUCGUGUGUAGAGGAGAACUUACGCCUUGCCCUCUCCCAAGUGGACCGGCAAUUGAUUGGGAAGCGAUAUACCAAUGUGAAGUCCCUUACUUCCAAGAGUUCAUACAGUCAUACAACAGAUACCCUCCUGUUCCCGGGGAGGUCAUGCCAUUCCUCACUGUAGCAAACAUGAUCGACGCUGCAGGAGCCAUUUGGGGAUCUGACGACUUGUUCGAAGGGUUGGGCAACUUCUGCACACUCAUUGCUCCACGAGCGACAGUGUCAGCUGGUCCUGACGUAUUCCCUGGCAUAUGCGACCCUCUGAUACCGUUGGCGGACGGCGUUGACUUGGAUGGGUCCGUUGGUGAAGAGAUAUGUAGAUACAUCUACUCCAUGUCAAGACCUGGACCUUACCCUGAACCUUUCUCUACCGACGCUCCCAUUGGUACGACUACCGUACCACCUCCACCAAACACGAGAAGUAGCUCAACACCCGCAGUGUGGCCCACGGAUUUCCCCUCGUUCAUUGAAUCAAUAACCCCGAUCAUCUGCAUAUUCCCUCUUUCGUCCUAUGAUAUUACUUCCGAAGUUCUUGACUUUGGCAUUGACGCCCUUCGAGGAUUCGACCCGGUACCUAUCUUAUUGCAAGCUGUCGAUAAUGUGCUGAACAUCACGGAAUAUGACCAGGACAGUUUGUGCUCUGGAGUGAAUCACCUGACUGAUGUUGACAACCGGCCAAGUGAUCUUGCGAUAGAGUUCAUGACGGAAGUCCUGGCAGCCCUCUUGCCAAUAGGUAGUGAAAUUUGCCAGGAGUGGGACAGCUUUAUCGAAGCCCUGGUAGCCGAGUCUGGUAGUUACGUCGAAGUCGAUCUCGGAAUCCUGGUGGAAGAGAUAUCUGGAGUCGUUGCGCUGCUAACCGACUUCCCCGACAGGGAUUCAUUGUGUACGUACAUCCAGACUGCUACUUCCUUGCCGGGAGAACAUGCAAACACCUUUGCAAGAUUUCUUGUGUUAAACGCCCUGAAUUUGCUGCAUGAUGAAGAAAAAUGCGUCUCUGUACUUGACAGCGCCCUGGCAGUCACUGACGCUAUACCAGGAGUUUCUCGGGAGGAGGUGGAAAAUAUAUACAUGCCAAUGUACAGUGGUUUUACUGAUAUCGUUGAGAUGUGUCGGUACAUAAGUAAAGCUUUCGGUCCAAGAACGCCUCGGCUUCCUAUCCGGCUCGCUGACGGUAGCACUCCGGAUGAAGGACGCGUUGAAGUUCAAUACAACGGUACGUGGGGGACCGUCUGCGACGAUGACUUCGACGACGAUGACGCCAUCGUUGUGUGUCGGCAACUUGGGUACCGAGGGGAAGCCAUUUCCCUUGGAAACUUGAUUCCUGGCAGUGGUGAUAUCAUUUAUGACGAUCUGAGAUGCCUGGGGGUCGAGUCUUUCCUCGGGCAAUGCCCAAAUGCUGGUUUGACAGUCAAUAAUUGCGCUCACUAUGAGGAUAUCAGCGUGAGCUGUAGUAUUGAAGUGACACCACCAAUUCUACCAACAACGCAGGCUUGGACAACGGAAGGUAUUACUGAUCUACCGACACGACUGGUCAAUGGCGACACUGACAACCAGGGACGUCUCGAGGUUUUCUACCAAGGCCAGUGGGGCACGGUUUGCGAUGAUUUCUGGGAUUCAGAUGCUACCGAUGUUGCCUGCCGUGCCCUCGGCUUCCUCCGUGGGGCGAACUAUUCUUGUUGUGCCGCGUUCGGCCAAGGUGACGGUCCCAUUAUCAUAGAUGACGUCAUGUGUAACGGAGACGAAAGUAGCAUCGCGUCGUGUCGCCACGGAAGACCGUUUAACCAUAACUGCCAGCACUCUGAGGACGUCGCAAUUGCCUGUAUCCCGGAUGAUUCGGCAACAGGAGGCGUACGUCUUGUUGGAGGAAAUCACCCAGCAGAGGGAAGAGUUGAAAUUGAAUAUGAAGGCGAGUGGGGAACUAUUUGCGACGACUCAUGGGGUUUGGAAGAUGCCAGUGUUGUGUGCAGAAUGUUGGGCUAUCCUGCAGCUACUGAUGCUCCAGGAUAUGCUCACUUCGGCCAAGGUUCCGGUCCUAUUCUUCUUGAUGACUUGGCUUGUACUGGGGAUGAGGAGAGUAUCUUCGACUGUGGUAAUCCGGGCAUCGGUGUAAACAAUUGUGGCCAUUACGAGGAUGCAGGAGUUGUUUGCAGCAGCGAAGUUGUACGUCUAGUUGGUGGAAGCAGCGAUGCAGAAGGUAGGGUUGAAAUCCAACAUGACGGAGUCUGGGGAACUAUCUGUGAUGACGGAUGGGGUCUGGAGGAUGCUGGUGUGAUCUGCAGAAUGCUCGGUUUCGAAGGUGCUAUCGGAGCACCCGGAUCAGCUGAGUUUGGCAUAGGCUCUGGUCCUAUUCAACUCGAUGAUGUCGGCUGUUCAGGAAAUGAGGAAACCAUCUUUGACUGCUAUCAUCGCCCGAUUGGUGAACACAAUUGUGCCCACAACGAAGACGCUGGGGUUGUCUGCAUUCCCCGAGACACAGAAGUGGUACGUCUAGUCAACGGAAACAACGAAGCUGAAGGAAGAGUCGAGAUCAACGUUAACGGAGAAUGGGGAACUAUCUGUGAUGACGGAUGGGAUCUGGACAAUGCUAAUGUUAUCUGUAGAAUGCUCGAUUUCGAGGGAGCUCUCAGCGCCCCAGGAUCAGCUCAAUUCGGGCAAGGCUCCGGUCCUAUCCAACUCGAUGACGUCAGCUGUUCAGGAAAUGAAGAUACAAUCUUGGACUGUUCUCAUCGUCCAAUUGGUGAACACAACUGUGGUCACAGCGAAGACGCUGGGGUAGUGUGCAUUCCUCAAGAAGUGGUACGACUGGUUAAUGGAAACAACGAAGCUGAAGGAAGAGUCGAGAUCAACGUUAACGGAGAAUGGGGAACGAUCUGCGAUGAUCUCUGGAGUUUACAGGAUGCUAAUGUUAUCUGUAGAAUGCUAGGUUUCGGGGAAGCUCUCAGCGCUCCCGGAUCAGCUCAAUUCGGCCAAGGCUCUGGUCCGAUCCAACUCGAUGAUGUUACCUGUUCAGGAAAUGAAGAGAACAUCUUGGACUGUUCUCACAGAGGCAUUGGUCAACACAAUUGUGGUCACAGCGAAGACGCUGGAGUUGUGUGCACUCAACAAGAAGUAGUACGCCUGGUUAAUGGAAACAACGACGCUGAAGGAAGAGUCGAGAUCAACGUUAACGGAGAAUGGGGGACUAUCUGCGAUGACGGAUGGGAUCUGGACAAUGCUAAUGUUAUCUGUAGAAUGCUCGAUUUCGAGGGAGCUCUCAGCGCCCCAGGAUCAGCUCAAUUCGGCCAAGGCUCUGGUCCUAUCCAACUCGAUGACGUCAGCUGCUCAGGAAAUGAAGAGACAAUCUUGGACUGUUCUCAUCGUCCAAUUGGUGAACACAACUGUGGUCACAGCGAAGACGCUGGGGUAGUGUGCAUUCCUCAAGAAGUUGUAAGACUGGUUAAUGGAAACAACGAAGCUGAAGGAAGAGUCGAGAUCAACGUUAACGGAGAAUGGGGAACGAUCUGCGAUGAUCUCUGGAGUUUACAGGAUGCUAAUGUUAUCUGUAGAAUGCUAGGUUUCGGGGAAGCUCUCAGCGCUCCCGGAUCAGCUCAAUUCGGCCAAGGCUCUGGUCCGAUCCAACUCGAUGAUGUUACCUGUUCAGGAAAUGAAGAGAACAUCUUGGACUGUUCUCACAGAGGCAUUGGUCAACACAAUUGUGGUCACAGCGAAGACGCUGGAGUUGUGUGCACUCAACAAGAAGUAGUACGCCUGGUUAAUGGAAACAACGACGCUGAAGGAAGAGUCGAGAUCAACGUUAACGGAGAAUGGGGAACUAUCUGCGAUGACGGAUGGGAUCUGGACAAUGCUAAUAUUAUCUGUAGAAUGCUCGAUUUCGAGGGAGCUCUCAGCGCCCCAGGAUCAGCUCAAUUCGGCCAAGGCUCUGGUCCUAUCCAACUCGAUGACGUCAGCUGUUCAGGAAAUGAAGAUACAAUCUUGGACUGUUCUCAUCGUCCAAUUGGUGAACACAACUGUGGUCACAGCGAAGACGCUGGGGUAGUGUGCAUUCCUCAAGAAGUGGUACGACUGGUUAAUGGAAACAACGAAGCUGAAGGAAGAGUCGAGAUCAACGUUAACGGAGAAUGGGGAACGAUCUGCGAUGAUCUCUGGAGUUUACAGGAUGCUAAUGUUAUCUGUAGAAUGCUAGGUUUCGGGGAAGCUCUCAGCGCUCCCGGAUCAGCUCAAUUCGGCCAAGGCUCUGGUCCGAUCCAACUCGAUGAUGUUACCUGUUCAGGAAAUGAAGAGAACAUCUUGGACUGUUCUCACCGAGGCAUUGGUCAACACAAUUGUGGUCACAGCGAAGACGCUGGAGUUGUGUGCACUCAACAAGAAGUAGUACGCCUGGUUAAUGGAAACAACGACGCUGAAGGAAGAGUCGAGAUCAACGUUAACGGAGAAUGGGGAACUAUCUGCGAUGACGGAUGGGAUCUGGACAAUGCUAAUGUUAUCUGUAGAAUGCUCGAUUUCGAGGGAGCUCUCAGCGCCCCAGGAUCAGCUCAAUUCGGCCAAGGCUCUGGUCCUAUCCAACUCGAUGACGUCAGCUGUUCAGGAAAUGAAGAUACAAUCUUGGACUGUUCUCAUCGUCCAAUUGGUGAACACAACUGUGGUCACAGCGAAGACGCUGGGGUAGUGUGCAUUCCUCAAGAAGUGGUACGACUGGUUAAUGGAAACAACGAAGCUGAAGGAAGAGUCGAGAUCAACGUUAACGGAGAAUGGGGAACGAUCUGCGAUGAUCUCUGGAGUUUACAGGAUGCUAAUGUUAUCUGUAGAAUGCUAGGUUUCGGGGAAGCUCUCAGCGCUCCCGGAUCAGCUCAAUUCGGCCAAGGCUCUGGUCCGAUCCAACUCGAUGAUGUUACCUGUUCAGGAAAUGAAGAGAACAUCUUGGACUGUUCUCACAGAGGCAUUGGUCAACACAAUUGUGGUCACAGCGAAGACGCUGGAGUUGUGUGCACUCAACAAGAAGUAGUACGCCUGGUUAAUGGAAACAACGAAGCUGAAGGAAGAGUCGAGAUCAACGUUAACGGAGAAUGGGGAACUAUCUGCGAUGACGGAUGGGAUCUGGACAAUGCUAAUGUUAUCUGUAGAAUGCUCGAUUUCGAGGGAGCUCUCAGCGCCCCAGGAUCAGCUCAAUUCGGCCAAGGCUCUGGUCCUAUCCAACUCGAUGACGUCAGCUGUUCAGGAAAUGAAGAGACAAUCUUGGACUGUUCUCAUCGUCCGAUUGGUGAACACAAUUGUGGUCACAGCGAAGACGCUGGGGUAGUGUGCAUUCCUCAAGAAGUGGUACGACUGGUUAAUGGAAACAACGAAGCUGAAGGAAGAGUCGAGAUCAACGUUAACGGAGAAUGGGGAACGAUCUGCGAUGAUCUCUGGAGUUUACAGGAUGCUAAUGUUAUCUGUAGAAUGCUAGGUUUCGGGGAAGCUCUCAGCGCUCCAGGAUCAGCUCAAUUCGGCCAGGGCUCUGGUCCUAUCCAACUCGAUGACGUUAUCUGUUCAGGAAAUGAAGAAACCAUCCUGGACUGUUCUCACCGAGGCAUUGGUCAACACAAUUGUGGUCACAGCGAAGACGCUGGAGUUGUGUGCACUCAACAAGAAGUAGUACGCCUGGUUAAUGGAAACCACGACGCUGAAGGAAGAGUCGAGAUCAACGUUAACGGAGAAUGGGGAACGAUCUGCGAUGAUCUCUGGAGUUUACAGGAUGCUAAUGUUAUCUGUAGAAUGCUAGGUUUCGGGGAAGCUCUCAGCGCUCCAGGAUCAGCUCAGUUCGGCCAGGGCUCUGGUCCUAUCCAACUCGAUGACGUUAUCUGUUCAGGAAAUGAAGAAACCAUCCUGGACUGUUCUCACCGAGGCAUUGGUCAACACAAUUGUGGUCACAGCGAAGACGCUGGAGUUGUGUGCACUCAACAAGGUGUACGACUGGUUAAUGGGAACAACGCGAAUGAAGGAAGGGUCGAGGUCUACCAUGACGGACAGUGGGGUACUGUCUGUGACGAUGGAUGGGAUCUGGCCGCUGCUCGCGUGGUCUGUCGAAUGCUUGGUUUCCCGGGUGCGUCUAGUGCCCCUAUAUAUGCUCAUUUUGGUCAGGGCAGCGGCGAUAUCUUCCUGGACGAUAUCGUCUGUGCAGGAGAUGAAACAACCAUCUGGGCCUGCAGUCAUUCAAGCGUUGGUGUUCACAACUGUAGCCAUCGCGAAGAUGCUGGAGUCGUCUGUACUACCACCUAGUGCUGAUCAGGAUCCUUCCGGAAAUCACCGUGUCACGUGAUGUUAUUUUGACCAUUCAGUGAUUAGCACCUUAUAUGAGGUCUGCAAUAGGCCCAAAUAAGAAAAACUUUUUUUUGUAAUCUUAUAACUUAAAAACUUUUUUCAUUAUUAGGGUCAUGCAGGUAGCCAGUAUCACUUUUAUUCACUUUUGUAUUCUUAUAUGGUGUGGGUAUAACUUUCAAGGUCUAAUAUUUCUGUAGUUUAUAGUCAUCUUCGUUCGUAUCCUACAUGUCUUAUAUAAAACCAGUCUAUUCAAAAUCUUGCCAUGCCUUGGCACACGGCAGAGCCUCUGUAAUUGAAAACUUCAACAAAUGACAAUUAGAACGAUUUUUCGUAAUGAUUUCGGGGCUGUUUGAAGCCGAAGAAAUAUGUUUUCAAUAUAAUCAUGACUUUUUUACCGACUGCACAUAAGGAAUUCCCUAGCGCUAAGUCAUAACGUAGUCACAAUAAAUAUGCACUUUGCAAUCUUGAACAUUCGAAAUAAAGCAUAUUUCAAAUUAUUUUCUUUAAUUAACUUAAUCAUCGAGGAUAUAUCUAAUGUUCAAUUGUACGAGCGGACCUUAUAAAUGUAAGGUACGAACGUACCUUUGAACAGUAUCUGGGGCACACUCAUAUAGCAAUUAUUUUCAACCGUGUGGCAGAUAAACAAAUUGAAUAAUACAUUUCACUACAUCAUUAUCUAUUCUAAAUAUUGUUCAGUAUUAAUAUCACAUAUGAUGAUCAUAUUUCUUUAUCAUAAUUUAUUAUUUUACGAUCUUCACAUGUAACAUAUUUACAUUUGGUUAUACUGCUAUUUAGUGAUCAGGCAUCAUUUUGGCAUUGUUGCUAAUAGUGUUUUUUACAGCACAAAUAUCAUUGUUAUUUUUACCAGGAAUUGAGUCCCCAGGUCUGGAAUUUAGUGGCAUUUCCUAGAGUCCUUAAAUUCAUUCUAAGAUUACGGUUGAAAGUUUACAAUUUUCUGGAAUGUUAAAAUUAACAAAGUUAACUUGAAAAGGGAUAAAUCAACCCCGAAGCAGGGCUAGUGACCAGAAACCUCUUUUGCCCAGGGAACUUCCUGAAAAUAGAGACAAAAUGUAUAAUGUGAAUGUGGGUUUUAGGGGAAUGUGACAAUCAACUCGAAAGUCAAAGCACUGAUGACCCCCCCCCCCCCCCC